AUGUGGGCAUGUAAGAAGCUGAAGUUCGAUUUAGCUAGUGCGGGGAAAGUUCGGAAGUUACAAUUGAAUCAGUUGAUCAAAUGGCAAAGGGAUGUCUAUGAGAAUGCCAAGAUAUAUAAGAAGAAAACCAAGAAAUGGCAUGACGAACACAUAAACGACCGUACAUUCACCAAAGGCCAACAGGUACUGCUAUUCAAUGCACGACUGCGACUGUUCCCUGGGAAGCUAAAAUCUGGAUGGUCUGGGCCAUUCCGAAUCAAGACCAUCUUUCCUCACGGCGCAGUGGAAUUAACAACUUUGGAUGGGAGCAGCGUAUUCAAAGUCAAUGGUUAG